AUGCUGAACGAAGGAACUUCUAUUCCAGUGGAAUUAUUGGAAGAAGCAGUCGUAGAAAAUAGAUCUGGCCAACAUGACCAAUCUACUACCAAAAUCACAGCACGACAGAUUCGUACAGUUCUCGUUUCUUCGACAGGUUUCUUCAUGGACGCUUAUGAUAUCUUUGUUAUUAACUUGGCUGUGCCCAUGCUUGGUUAUGUUUAUUACAUGAAUCAAAAUAACACGGUACCAUCAGAUAUUCAAGGCAUCGUUAAGGGUAUUACCAAUGUUGGUAAUCUAAUUGGUCAGCUGGUGUUUGGUUUUUUAGGUGAUAGUAAAGGCCGUAAAAGUAUUUACGGUAUUGAACUUUUAAUUAUUAUUGUGGUUACAAUUGGCUCUGCAAUGGCUGGAUCGGCGGCAACUGGUGUCGGUACAUUGGGUUUUCUUGGUUUCUGGCGUUUUUUAUUGGGUAUUGGAAUUGGUGGUGAUUACCCCAUGUCAGCAACAGUCUCGAGUGAAUGGUCAAGUGCAGGACGACGUGGACAAAUGCUUGCGAUUACUUUUUCCAUGCAAGGUUGGGGCCAAUUUUUCGGUGCUUUGUUCGCUAUUAUUCUGCUAGCUAUUUUCAAGGGUCCUAUUGAAGCUAAUCAAAUCAAUAUUGAUUAUGUCUGGCGAAUUUUACUAGCUCUUGGUAUUUUACCUGCUGUAUGUACACUCUAUUCGCGCUUUCAUCUACCAGAAUCACCUCGGUAUGCCGAACGAGUUCUCAAGGACCAGGAACUAACUGAAAUUAGUAAAGCGUAUGCACUCGGAGUAAAUCCAAAAAGUUCCGCGAAUCUGGUUCUAAAUGAGCCAGUGAUACAACCGACAAAACGUUCCGAUAGUCGACAUCAUUUUCGAGAUUUUCGAACUUACUUUUCAAAGUGGCGUAACUUGAAAGUUCUCAUUGGUACUUGUUCAACUUGGUUUUUACUUGAUAUUGCAUUCUAUGGCCUUACUCUUAACCAAUCAAUUGUUAUAUCGACUAUCGGCUUUGCACCAGACACAAGUACAACAUCACCAUGGGAAACGUUGUGGAAACAAGCACUUGGAAAUUUGAUCAUUUCCCUUCUUGGUUCGAUUCCUGGCUAUUAUGUUACUGUUUUCACUGUCGAACGUCUUGGCCGUAAGACCAUUCAAAUAAUAGGUUUCGCCAUGGAAACUAUUCUAUUUAUUAUUGUGGCUGCAGCAUUUUAUCCGUUGAAAGAUCGAUCUACAGGAGCAUUUAUUUUUAUGUUUGUUCUCAUUCAAUUUUUCUUUCAAUUCGGUGCUAAUGCAACAACAUUUAUCAUUCCGGCUGAAGUGUUUCCAACACGCUUUCGUGCCACGGCUCACGGUAUGUCUGCAGCAUGUGGGAAGUCAGGCGCUAUUCUCGCAGCAUUUGGUUUUAAUGUAUUAGUGAAUCUUGGAGGUAAAAAUGCAUUUCUACCACAGACACUGGGCAUUUUUGCUGCUAUUCAAUUUGUUGGCCUUCUAGCUACCAUUUUUCUAUUGCCAGAAUCAAAGGGCCGAGAUUUAGAUUCUUUUGAAGACAAUGAAGCAGAAUGGCGUCCAGAAAAUCGAACAGAUAAUGAUACCAUUACCGAACAAGAAGUCCAAUUUUAG